GUUAAAGGAAGGGGACCCGGUACUCCGAGUGGGGCUCGGAGUUUCGAACCACUGGUGGCGGAUUGCCCGCCCGUCCCACGUCCGGGGAUGCGAAGUCUCAGCCUGGCGUGGCUGCUGGGAGGUAUCACCCUUCUGGCGGCCUCGGCCUCCUGCAACCGGACCGUGAAUGCACCGGGACCCAACAGUAAAGGGAGAAGUCUGAUUGGCAGAUUGGACACGCCGCCUCCCAUCACUGGGAAAGGGGCUCCAGUUGAACCAGGCUUUUCCGUUGAUGAAUUCUCUGCAUCCGUCCUCACCGGGAAGCUGACCACCGUCUUUCUCCCGGUCAUCUACAUCAUUGUCUUUGUAAUUGGUUUGCCCAGUAAUGGUAUGGCCCUCUGGGUCUUCUUCUUCCGAACGAAGAAGAAGCACCCUGCUGUGAUUUACAUGGCCAACCUGGCCUUGGCAGACCUCCUCUCUGUCAUCUGGUUCCCCCUGAAGAUCUCCUACCACCUCCAUGGCAACGACUGGACCUAUGGGGAUGCGCUCUGCAAGGUGCUCAUUGGCUUUUUCUACGGCAAUAUGUACUGCUCCAUCCUUUUCAUGACCUGCCUCAGCGUGCAGAGGUACUGGGUGAUCGUGAACCCCAUGGGACACUCCAGGAAGAGGGCCAACAUCGCUGUUGGCGUCUCCCUGGCCAUCUGGCUCCUGAUUUUUCUGGUCACCAUCCCUCUGUACGUCAUGAGGCAGACCAUCUACAUUCCAGCCUUGAACAUCACCACCUGUCACGACGUGCUGCCCGAGGAGGUCCUGGUGGGGGACAUGUUCAGUUACUUCCUCUCCCUGGCCAUUGGAGUCUUUCUGUUCCCAGCCCUCCUUACUGCGUCUGCCUACGUGCUCAUGAUCAAAACGCUCCGUUCCUCCGCCAUGGACGAGCACUCGGAGAAGAAAAGGCGGAGGGCUAUCCGCCUCAUCAUCACGGUGCUGUCCAUGUACUUCAUCUGCUUCGCUCCCAGCAACGUGCUGCUCGUCGUGCAUUAUUUCCUCAUCAAAAGCCAGAGGCAGAGCCACGUCUACGCCCUCUACCUCGUCGCCCUCUGCCUGUCCACCCUCAACAGCUGCAUAGACCCCUUUGUCUACUACUUUGUUUCGAAAGAUUUCAGGGACCAGGCCAGAAACGCGCUCCUCUGCCGAAGCGUCCGCACCGUGAAACGCAUGCAGAUAUCGCUCACCUCCAACAAGUUCUCCAGGAAAUCCAGCUCUUACUCCUCCAGCUCAACCAGUGUUAAAACCUCCUACUGAGCUGGGCCUGAGGAUAUGGAGCCAGCUUGAUGAUGAUGCUGGUGAUGAUGAUGAUGAUGAUGAUGAUGGUGAUGAUGAUGAUGAUGCUGAUGAUGCUGAUGAUGCUGAUGAUGAUGAUGUAUGUGUGUGUAUAUGUGCGUGCAUGCGUGUGUGUGUGUGUGUGUGUGUGUGUGUGUGUGUGUUAGGGAUGCACCACAACGCACGGGGCUGUCAUUUCCUAUCCAAGUUGCUAGUCUCUGUACCAGUCACAAGAAUGAUGGACGUCAGCGUCCGAAACUGAAGGAACCGAGAGGAACAUGCUUUGCAGAAGUGAGGAAGGAAAUUCGUUGACCUGCAGAGAACUACACCUGGCAAGAAAGUUAAGACCCCCCCGAAAUGCUUUCUUGUUCAUCUGGAGUCCGUCAUGGCUUUGUCAGGAUCUGAGAUCCUUGUAGAGCUUCAGUCCAGCUGAUAAUGACUCUAUAGACUUGGAAGAUGUGUCUGCGAAUGAGGCUCCUGGCCGGCAUUCCAACUGGUUAACACUGAGCUUGCUGGACGACAGGAUUCAAAUGGCCACAGUGGUUCCGUUCUCGCAUGGUUUCAUCAGAACUACUGGGGAUCUUGUUCAAUGUGCAGGUCCCUCAGCCUCAGUGCCCAGGGAGCUCGGAUACGAGGGGGCCGCUCUACAAACUUCAGUGAUGUCUGCAUACACAGAACCGCAGAGGCGAGCCCCGUUCCGCUUGCCAGGGCACCGUAGUGACGUUGGCAAAGAAAAACCAACAGCAGUGUUUGAGCCUCCUUUUGGUCAGUUUAUGAUGAAUUUCCCUAUGGGUUAACUGGGAUUUCUGGUUCCUUUAUUACCCCUUUGUAGUUUUAUAUGUCUGUAAGUCAACAAAAUGAGGCUCCUAAACAUGUAAAUAAAAAUUUUGUUUAUUUUUUUUAAUUUUACAUAAGUCAGUGUGGGUAAUAGAGUAUUAGGCCGACUGCAAAUACUGCUUAGUUUUUUUCUAAGUUAAUUUUUAAAUACAUCAUGCAAACUUAAGACAUUUUCAUGAUAAAGCACUAUUACAGUGUCAGUUCCCUUCUCCCUCAGUCAUAUGCCUUCCCGGGAUGCUGGCCCUUCCCCUCCUCUCCUUCCCCCCUUGCCUUCCCCCUCCCCCCAGAUAGCCAGUGUGCCUUCAUGUACCAUUUAGUAUUUUAUAAAAACCGUCGUUGAAAUAUUUAUUAUCAGUUUUGUUCACCUUUUACCGUCCAUUGAAUGAACGUCUUCUCGUCUGUUUGGGCAAGAGCAGGAACAAGAGGCUACGGCCAUUGCAGGGGUACGUGGUUCCAGACUUACUUUAUAUACCGCCUGGAUCUGCGGCUUGAGAAAUUACCUUGUACGAAGGCUUUCUAAAUAAUGUAUAACCCUUGACCUUUUUUUUUUUAAACAACUUCUUUCCAGCUGUGUGUUCUUUUGUAGAAGGAGGAGGAGAAGGGAAUCCCCCUGUUGUAGAUACAGUGAUCUGAUCACCCUAUCCUGUUCUGUUCUUUCUUCCUUUCUUCUUUAACACAGUGCGAUGCCCACCCCACCACUUUCCAGUCCUUCCUUCUUCCUUCUUUCCUUCCUUUCUUCUCUUUCCACAACACUAGGGAUCUAAACCUAGCCUUGUGAAUUUACACUUUUUCCCCCACACUAGUUUUUCUAAUAAACAAAAUGUAGUUCACGUUGCUCCACAA